UGCGCUGCGCUACAGUACAGACAGGCAGCACACUUGGCGAAAUUUGGGUUGUCAAGCACAACAUGUCUGCGAGAAGCCGAAAUGCUCGGUCGACAACGGCAGAUAUACUGAACAAGAAGAUUCCCGAAAACCCGAGGUACAAAGAUGUCAAAUCAACAUUGGACACAGGUGCUAGCAUGUCCAAAUAUAUGGCCAAGAUUGAGGAGAUCAGGAAGAAUUACAGGUACAAGAAGGAUGAGAUUUUCAAGCGGAUGAAAGUGACAACAUUUGUACAGUUGGUAUUACAAGUUCAGGCCUACCAGAAACAAGAAGAGGAGGAUCGAUAUCUUGAGUCUCAAGCAUCGGACAGGGAAUUGGUCCAAUUGAAGGAGGGGCAGAAUGGAGGGGGUGGGGAUGGCAGUAGUCCAGUCCCUUCAAUAGCACUGACGGAAGGAGACUUUGGAGAAGACGCUGAGGUAUCUACAUCUCGCUCAACAUUACAGAGUGUGAUCAAAGGUAUCGGAGAAAUUGACAUGGAAAACAACUCCAUUCCAGCUACGCCGGCUGUUCCUAUUCCAGAGGAGGCUGAUUGCCCUUACUUGCUUCUAGAUCUGAGAGACUCGGAUGCAUAUGAACAGUGCCACUUUAUAACCGCAAAGAAUUAUCCAACUGCAAUGUUGUCAAGAACCCUCAACAAUUUCACCAAAGACAUACUUGCUUAUAAGAACAAGCCAGGCAAGAUCAUUGUCCUAUAUGAUGAAGAUGAGAGGAUUGGUCCAAAUGCAGCAACCACAUUCGUUGAGAGGGAUUUCAACAAUACUUUCCUUCUGUCUGGAGGUUUGAAAUUGGCUGCUCAGAAGUUCCCCACAGGUUUGAUAACAGGGACACUACCAGCCUCAUGUAGGCCUCCCCCUCCAGCACAGAUUGGUAAAAAGAAACCCAAGGAGCGUGCUCCAGAGCCGAUCCGUCCAGCAGACCAGACUCAGUUUACUGAUGAUGAUCUGGACAAGCUUCUAAGCCAUAUAGAAACCUGCCUGGCUCCAAGUGACACUGGAAGUCGUUUGAGUCGUCAAACUCCAAGAGCUCAAAGCUCCUCCUCCACAGUCAGUACAGCAGGAUCGGGCACAGCUUCAUCCAGGAUACACUCCAGCCACUGGAAAUAGAAUGACUUCCCUUUCUGGAAAUGGAAUGGCAAGGUUUAAAGUUGGUUUUAAAACUCAUUACAAACAAAAGCCUUGGAGGCAUAGACUUGAAAACUGUAACAAUUAAGGAAUUUGUGGGAGAACGGUUCUUAAUGCUGCAUUGCAAAGAAAAUGUUAAAUGUGGGCCUGAAUAUUAAAGUUUGUAAGCCAAUGUUGGGUAUGAAAAAAAUGGAAUCAUUUCUAAAUACUAAAAAAUGUGUGUUUGUAAAAUUGUGUAUAAAAAUGAUUGAUGUGCAGGUGUGAAAUCUUAAAGACACGUUAACAUACCAUGUACAUAAUAUCCAUCUGAGCAGUACUCCAGCACUGAUGUGAUGCAUAUUUGUAGAAAUAUAUUUACUUUGACGUUAAGUGCUGAGAACAUGCCAUCAUUCUGGGUGCAUUGCCCAAAGACCUUUUGAUAACCAGUGGAACUAACUAAACCAAAGUUUUCCAGCACAAACCACAUGACUGUAAAUGACUAUAUUUUUAUCACUCGCAUGUCAAUGCUUGUGACAUGAAGAUGAGCCUUAAUAAAACGCCUCUUUCUUAUGCAAUUUUUGGCAAACUCUGUUGCCAACCAUAGCUUGAAUGUAUGCCCUCAUGGCAGCCCAAACAGAAUGGCGCUCACUGUAUACAAACGCUGGUUGGCAGAAAAAUGACCUGUGAACAUAUUACAAAGCAGUGUACGUGUUGAACUUGUCCCAUGUUUAAAGUCCUAAUUUUGUUAGUAAACGUGCUUAAGGGUAGGAAACUUGUAUUGUAUUUGUUCAAAUGUGCUCAUUUUAAAAGGAUUUCAAAGUGCUAUUUGAUUUCACAUUAUGAUGUCUUUAGUGUUGUUACACUAUAUAAUGUACCGUAGCAAAUACAUUGUUAUAUCGUG